GGUCUCCUCUUGUCCGGGGAAGACUGAAAAAACAAAAACAAAAAACGAGUGUGUAGCCCUCCCUGGAAGUCUUCUGGUGCUCGGGGGCCGUUUGCACUUGGGAGCCUGGCUUCUGGGGAUGGUGGCCGGGCUCCGCCGGGGGCUUCAGCCUGACUCGGCAAAGCGUUUCUAGAACCGAGUGGGUGGGAGCCGACUGAAGUCCCAGAACCGCGAACACUGACGCACAGGAAAGCCUCGAGUGGGUGGAGAGAUGCAAAUCCCCCAGUGGCAUGGCCUCAGCCCCUGCGGACCCUGAGGGCCGAUUCUGACCUCGGACUUGAGCGGGACCAGCACCGGGACCCAGGGCGAGCCAGCAUGUCUCAGUGGAAUCAAGUCCAACAGUUAGAAAUCAAGUUUUUGGAGCAAGUUGAUCAGUUCUAUGAUGACAACUUUCCCAUGGAAAUCCGACAUCUGCUGGCCCAGUGGAUUGAGCAUCAAGACUGGGAGGUGGCCUCUAACAAUGAAACUAUGGCAACAAUUCUUCUUCAAAACUUAUUAAUACAAUUGGAUGAACAGUUAGGUCGUGUUUCCAAAGAGAAAAACCUGCUAUUGAUCCACAAUCUAAAGAGAAUUAGAAAAGUACUUCAGGGGAAGUUUCACGGAAAUCCAAUGCAUGUAGCCGUGGUAAUCUCAAAUUGUUUAAGGGAAGAGAGGAGAAUACUGGCUGCAGCGAACAUGCCUAUCCAGGGACCUCUGGAGAAAUCCUUACAAAGUUCAUCGGUUUCAGAAAGACAGAGAAAUGUGGAACACAAAGUGGCUGCCAUUAAAAACAGUGUGCAGAUGACAGAACAAGACACGAAAUACUUGGAAGAUCUGCAAGAUGAAUUUGACUACAGGUAUAAAACAAUUCAGACAAUGGACCAGGGUGACAAGAAUAGCAUCCUAAUGAACCAGGAGGUUUUGACACUGCAAGAAAUGCUUAAUAGCCUGGACUUCAAGAGAAAGGAAGCUCUCACUAAGAUGACACAGAUAGUGAACGAGUCGGACCUGCUGAUGAGCAGCAUGCUCAUAGAAGAGCUGCAGGACUGGAAGAGGAGGCAGCAGAUCGCCUGCAUUGGUGGCCCACUCCACAACGGGCUGGACCAGCUUCAGAACUGCUUUACCCUGUUGGCAGAAAGUCUUUUCCAACUCAGACGACAGCUGGAGAAAUUAGAGGAGCAGUCUUCCAAGAUGACUUACGAAGGAGACCCCAUCCCCACCCAGAGGGCACACCUGCUGGAGAGAGCCACCUUCCUGAUCUACAACCUGUUCAAGAACUCAUUUGUGGUUGAGCGACAGCCCUGCAUGCCAACACACCCUCAGAGGCCGCUGGUACUCAAAACCCUCAUUCAGUUCACCGCGAAACUGAGACUACUAAUAAAAUUGCCGGAACUCAACUAUCAGGUGAAAGUAAAGGCAUCGAUCGACAAGAAUGUUUCAACGCUAAGCAAUAGAAGAUUUGUGCUUUGUGGAACUCAAGUCAAAGCCAUGUCCAUCGAGGAAUCCUCCAACGGGAGCCUCUCAGUAGAAUUUAGACAUUUGCAACCGAAGGAAAUGAAAUCCAGUGCCGGAAGUAAAGGAAAUGAGGGCUGCCACAUGGUGACGGAGGAGCUGCACUCCAUAGCCUUUGAGACCCAGAUCUGCCUCUAUGGCCUCACCAUCGACUUGGAGACAAGCUCAUUACCUGUGGUGAUGAUUUCUAAUGUCAGCCAACUGCCUAAUGCUUGGGCAUCCAUCAUUUGGUACAAUGUGUCAACCAACGAUUGCCAGAACUUGGUUUUCUUUAAUAAUCCUCCGCCUGUCACUUUGAGUCAACUCCUGGAAGUGAUGAGCUGGCAGUUUUCAUCCUAUGUUGGUCGUGGCCUUAAUUCAGACCAGCUCAACAUGCUGGCAGAGAAACUCACAGUUCAGUCUAACUACAGCGAUGGUCACCUCACCUGGGCCAAGUUCUGCAAGGAACACUUGCCUGGCAAACCAUUUACCUUCUGGACCUGGCUUGAAGCAAUAUUGGACCUAAUUAAAAAACACAUUCUUCCCCUCUGGAUUGAUGGGUACAUCAUGGGCUUCGUGAGCAAAGAGAAGGAGAGGUUUCUGCUCAAGGAUAAAAUGCCCGGGACAUUUUUGUUACGAUUCAGUGAGAGCCAUCUCGGAGGGAUCACCUUCACCUGGGUGGAUCACUCUGAAAACGGAGAAGUGAGAUUCCACUCGGUAGAACCCUACAACAAAGGGCGUCUGUCGGCCCUGCCAUUUGCUGACAUCCUGCGGGACUACAAGGUCAUCAUGGCUGAGAACAUUCCCGAGAACCCUCUCAAGUACCUCUACCCCGACAUCCCCAAAGACAAAGCCUUCGGCAAACACUACAGCUCCCAGCCUUGCGAAGUUUCCAGGCCAACAGAACGGGGAGACAAAGGUUAUGUUCCUUCAGUUUUCAUCCCCAUUUCAACAAUCCGCAGUGACGCCAUGGAGCCGCAGUCUCCUUCAGACCUUCUCCCCAUGUCUCCGAGUGUAUACGCUGUGCUGAGAGAAAACCUGAGCCCUACCACGAUUGAAACAGCAAUGAAGUCUCCGUAUUCUGAGUGACGGUACAAAGCGACUCUUCAAGGGAGAGAGCAGAUGGAAACGGAGACUGCUCUUUGCCAAAGUCCACAAUUCAUUUCUUCAGCUUUGUAAAUACCGGUUUCUAGAAAAUGGCACAAAUCCGAAGCUUUCCUCUCACUAGGUGGCAUCCCCAACUGGGAGUGCUGUGACUGAAAUGCUAAAAACCAAAGCUUCAGAUAAACACGCAGGAAAAGACACCUAUGUUCGUGACAAUAUAACAGAAGGCUGCUUUGCAUGCAUUUGUUUCUGACUUUAUUUCUCGGACCUUAUUUAUUAUUUUGGCUCUGGAAGCUAUGUUAACAUUUCAGGGUGGGUCGAGAAUACGGUAUCAUGUCUGAAUUACUCAAAACCACAGGAAGGUUUAGCUGGAAACCUAGAUAAGAAUCAUCAAAGUAGAUCCAAGAUGGGGAAAUGAUGGGACACGAACAGCAGAGAUUCACAGGCCCCAGGGAUGAAUCAUGAAGCCUCCAAAUUGCCAGGCCAACCUCAUCACGUCUACCAGGCUGGGUCUCUCAGUAGGAAGCAGCAUCCAGAGUCAUCCCUGCACAUAAGUGCGCUAACAUUAAAAACACUUCGAGUGGACAGAUGGGCAGAAGUCUCAGGAAAUGCAGACUGGGAUGCAGGUAGCAGCCUGGACCUGGGAUUCCUGGCAUCCUCUGUAGUUUGCACACAUCUCUAGAACACACUGGAUUGAAUGGGUUCAGCCAUCCCUUCUGAUUCCACUCCUCUCUGGUCCUGGAACUUAACCUGAGACUACAGAGGGGGCAAGACCUUUCAGUCUCUGGUGGAGAGAAGGGAGGUGCUUGACUGAGUAGCACUGCAAGUCUAUAAGCUGCAGGGGUACUUUGGGCAUUAUUUCAGCCUGACUGUGGUCUAUGAUGUUAUUGCUUACUCUGCCUUCGGCCUUUCCGUGUGUAUGUAUUCAUGUUCACACAUGCACACGUGCGGGCGCACACACACACACACACACAUACACACACACACACACACACACACACACACACACACACACACACACACACACUCAUAACCAGUUAUCCUUAUCUCUGGUGCUCACUCCCAUUCCCAGCUAAGCUGCUGGCUGUCUCUAUGGAGCAGCCCGCCACCUGUCCCAAGCCUAGUCCUUUCCCCGUUUGCUCUUGGGUAUGUGUCUUGGGUGUGUGAUGAGGACGAGGCCAACUUCAGGACAUUCUCAGUUCCUACUGCCUUCUGGAAAUCAGCUUCUUGAAGUCGCCUGAAACUGACAGUCCAGUUGAGGGAAAUACUAUAAAUGUGGGCAGUGCAGUAAGCUUGCAAUUUCCUACCAGGAAAUGCUGCAUUGGACUAAGAUGUCAACAGGGUUUUAGAAGCUUCUCAUUCCCUGGAAUUUUUGAGAAGUGCCACAAAUUCAUACCUACCUAGCAGACAUUGUAAAAAGUUUUCAAAAUAGAGCUUGGUGACAGAAUGCCAAGGUUCCCUACGUAGUCACAGCCAUCUCGUGCUGUUGGUGCUAGACUAGAAAGUGCAUGGAAGGCGGGAUUUGCUCUCUUUACUAGAAGCAGGAGUUGCCUUGUGAGUUCAAUAAGUGGUUAUUUUUACUUGCAUCCAGAAAAAUCAAAGUAAGUUCUCUUUCUAAGCUUAGUUUAUAUUAUUUUUGACCUAGGGCAGGCAUGUGCACGUAGGCGUAAGCAUCCUCAGGCUCCAGGGAUAUUGGAUCUCCCGGAAGCUGCAGUUAUGGGCAGUUGUAAGCCGCCAGGUGUGGCUUCUGGGAAUCUAACUUGGCUCCUUUGUGAACACAGUAUACAACUAGCCCCCCAAACCAAGUUCUUGACUCCACGGUUGCAAGAUACUUCCUCAAGUGAGACUUGUACUCCAGAGAUCAUCUUUUUGAGUGACAGGAUUUGGCCAGAGGAGAUUCCUGUUUAGUC